AUGCCAGAAACUUCCUACGACCAGUGGAGACGAGUAUACACGUACAACGAACAAGUGCUUCGUUCACUAAGUCCUGGAGACAUUGUCAAAUUUAAGAACUCAUCCUAUGAACAUUGGGCUAUUUAUGUUGGUGGACAAAACGUGAUUCACAAGGCAGGUAGAGGUGUUAGCAUCUUUCGUAAAUCUCAGCCUGUAGAAGUCAAAGAAGAACAGUUCUUAGAUGUUGCAGGCGAAAAUUUGGCUGAAAUCGCCAAUCAGCACGAUCUACAAAAGAGUCCUUUGCAAAGCUUUUUAGUAGUAGAUAGAGCUCGAAGUCAGCUUGGGAAAGAACCGUUUCAAGGUCAGCAUGGAAACAACGAACAGUUUGUUCUUUGGUGCAGGUAUGGCGAAGAACAAGUUAACAAGUCUUCUGCUCUAGGAACUACUGUGGCUAUUGGGGCAACACUCUGUGGCUUUAUGUUCGGUGGUCCAGUUCUAGGCUUUGUCGCUUUAUCAGCCUCAGCCUUGAUGAUAAUGAGAAGAUAA